UUUUAUUUUUCGAGUGGCACAAACCGGAAAUAGACUUUUGACCGUGGAAGAAGAAAAAAAAUAACAGCAAUGGCGACGCAGGACCUCUGAGAGGUGAUCUGUGAAGGCAGAGAGGCUGUUGAUCCCUGGAUCCUGGUCUGGUCCCAGUCCUGGAUGCAGGGCAUCAGGCCAGUGGUGGAGGUGGUCCGUCUGGGCCUGAUCACCUACCAGGAGGCUCUGCAGGUGCAGCAGUUCUAUGUGAACCAGCACCGGUCCGGUCCAGCUCAUACUCUGCUGCUGUGUCAGCACCCACCAGUAUAUACCACCGGGAUCCGCCACAAACCUUACCCCGCCCCCCUGCUUGACAAACUCUGCUUGCUUGGGGCUGACGUCCAUCGAACCAACCGAGGAGGACUCAUCACCUUCCACGGGCCGGGACAGCUGGUCUGCUAUCCGGUCCUGAACCUGGGCAGCUUCAAGAAGAGUGUUCGUUGGUAUGUCUGUGAGCUGGAGAAAACCAUCAUCUCCGUCUGCAGCAGAUUUGGUAUCGAAGCGUCAACGUCGCCUCACACUGGAGUUUGGGUCGGAGACAACAAAAUCUGUGCCAUCGGAAUCCACUGUGGUCGAUAUAUCACAUCUCACGGUUUAGCUCUCAACUGUAACACUGACAUGUCGUGGUUUAGCCACAUCGUGCCGUGUGGUAUCGAAGGCAAAGGAGUAACGUCGCUGAGCGUUGAGCUGCAGAGAGACGUCAGCGUGGAAGAAACCAUCCCUCACCUGCUGGAUGCCUUCAGAGACCAGUUCAACUGUCAGCUGACUGAUGGACAAACACCUCAAACUGGAGAAAACAGCAGAGGAUCAUCAGUGUAGAAACUGACCUGAAGGGACUUUUUAUAAGUAAAUAUGACAAACUGUGUUGGAUCAGUUUCAUCUCAGUCAUCUGUGUUCAGUACAGAAAGAGGUCCAUGGUUUUCUAUGUUUUUUCUAGUCAAAUGGAAAUGAUGGGUGGAAUAAUAGUAUAUAAAAGUAAAAAUUAAGGGAGUUUGACAGUGAUGAGAAUAACAAGUAACUUCAACACUUAAUGCUGCUAAAACAACAGUGUCUUAUUUUUCCAUUUUUUUAUUUCUACACCUGUUCAACGAACAACGUGCUGCUUUCUACAGUCUGAUCUGGUUUACACACCUGAUUACAUAAAAUCAGGUUAUUACUAAAAAAUGAUUCACUUACAGUUACAGUUUAUUAGAACACUGAAGGAUCUGAUGUGGCAUCAGAUGAUACAGAUGGCCUGUUGUCCACGUUCAGCAGUUACAGAUCGACGUGAUCAUCCAGUUCAGUGUUGAUAAUAACUUGUAGAUUUCACUUUACAUUCUGGUACAUUGUUAAAUAUAAGUUUAUUUGUUCAUAAACCAUCAGACCUGUGACAAUAAACUGUC